CAUCCCCGCUCCUCUCCUGAUACCUCACACUGCAGCACUUUCAAUCCAAGCGAAACCUCCAAACCCUCCUCUGAGCAAACUUCACACCUUCGAUCCUCACCAAUCUACAACCUCCUUCCCCUCCACCAUCAACCGGUCCCACCACGAUGGCCUCCCAAAAAGUCAUCUCCGCAUUAGCGGAGAUCGAAAGCUCGAGCAACUCGCAAACGAAACUACAACAAUACAACGAGCUACUGACAGACAUCAUCACGAACUCAGCCGCGGCACAACUCCCACAAGACCUAAUCACCUACCUAGACUCGAUCCUCAGCGAAAGCCUGAGCAUCGUAGCGGCGCGGCCACUGCUCGACCACUUCAUCACGAUCCUGCGGCCGCUGCCGUCUCCGACGAAGAUCACGGUGGGACAACACGCGGUGACGCUCUUACAAUCGCGGUCGACGAGCGUGGAGGAGCAAGACGCAGCGAUCCGCGAGAUUCUGGCAGACGCAUACGAAGCCGAAGAGGAGUACAUCGCAGCCGCGCGAGCACUGCAGGGGAUCCACAUCGACAGCUCGCAGCGGCAGGUGCCGGAGGCAGCGAAGGUGCGGCUAUGGAUCCGGAUCGUGCGGCUGUACCUGGAGGAGGACGAGACGACGGCGGCGGAGGCGGUGCUGGGGCGGAUCAAGAACCUGCCGAGCAAGAUCGUGGACCCGGAGCUGGCGCUGCACUUCAAGCUGGCGCAGGCGCGGGUGCUGGACGCGCGGCGGCGGUUUCUAGAUGCGAGCCCGGAGUACUUCGGGGUGAGUCUGGCGGCGGGCGUCGACGAGGCCGAUCGGCUGCACGCGCUGGCCGCCGCCAUCCGCUGCGCCGUGCUGGCGCCCGCCGGCCCCCAGCGCGCCCGCCUCCUCGCCUCGCUGUACAAGGACGACCGCGCGCCCUCCGUCGACGAGUUCGCCAUCCUCGAGAAGAUGUUCCUCGACCGCUUGCUGGUGCCCGCCGAGGUCGCUGCUUUCGCUGAGCGGCUCGCCCCCCACCAGCUCGCCGUCAUGGCUGACGGUACCACCGUCCUCGAUAAGGCUGUCGUCGAGCACAAUCUCGUCGCCGCCAGUAAGCUCUACGAGAAUAUCACCACCGAUGCCCUGGGCGUCAUCUUGGGCUUGCAGCCCAGCGGCGACUUCUCCGCCGGCGAGAAGGCCGAGGCGUAUGCCGCGCGUAUGGUCGAGCAGGGUCGUCUGAAGGGGAGUAUCGACCAGAUCAAUGGGGUUAUUCACUUCGAGCCCGGCUCCGUGCCCGCCGGCCGUCACAUUCGCCAGUGGGAUGCCGGCGUGCAGAGCCUGGCGGAGGAUGUGGAGCGCGUGGCUACCAGUAUCACUGAGGCUUUCCCGGAAUUUGCAACCGAGCAAGCAGCUGUGCAUUAGGCGCUACGUGUGAUGCAGAACUAGGGUCAUGAGCAGAAGGAUACAUUUAGGUUCGGG